CAUGAAUCGUCAAAGUCAUCUGUCCAAUAGACAUUACUUCAAUGAUUCGUUUCAAAUCUGUCAAGAGUAGUGUUGCAGAGAGCAGAUCAGAUCAGAGAGCUAGAGAUCAAGGAUGGUAUCUACACUGGUGUCUUCUCUCUGGCUGCGUCAACAGAUCACAAAUGGUCUCAGGCACAUCAAAAUACUCAAUGCUUCUUCUCAGAGUGACAAAGCACACCAGGAGUUUCUAGAAGAGAGGCUCCCAAACUCAGCAUUCUUUGAUAUCUCAGCCAUCAGUGACCAGAGCUCCCGCUAUCCUGACAUGCUGCCCAGAGCAGAGGAGUUUGCCAAUCAUGUCAUGGAGUUAGGAGUGAGCAACGAUAGUCAUGUGGUGGUCUAUGACAACAAUGAGAAGUUUGGACUGUUUACUGCCCCUAGAGUCUGGUGGAUGUUUAGGGCGUUUGGGCAUCCCCAUAUCUCAGUGCUAGAUGGUGGCCUCCUCCACUGGAAGACUCAGGGCUAUCCAAUCGAACAGGGACCCUCUGAUGAGGUUGGUAAGGGUAAUUUCGAAGCAGAGCUGAAUGGUGAUUUGGUGAGGAGCUUUGAGCAGAUGAGAGAGAUACUGGCAGCAAAUUCUAGUCAGGUAUUAGAUGCUCGUAGUGGUGGGAGGUUUGGAGGUACUGAACCAGAGCCACGCCCAGAGCUCCCCUCGGGUCACAUGAUCGGUGCACUCAAUAUCCCUUUCAAAGACCUCAUCAAUGAAGACACCAAACUUUUUAAAAGCAAGGAACAACUACAGGAAGUGUUUCAGGCUGCUGGUGUCAAUACUCAUGAACCGAUGGUGUCUACCUGUGGCAGUGGGAUCACUGCAGGGAUAAUUGCCAUGGCAGCACACAUUGCUUUAAACAAGAACAUCCCAGUUUAUGAUGGCUCAUGGACAGAGUGGGUGCAGAGGGCACCAGGGGAGACUCUAUUUAAAGCAAAAGAAGAGUAAUUAUUUUUUUGAGUAGACUUUCUUUUACUUAGAUUUUUAAUCCGUUUGUCGAUCACUUUGGGAUGAAUAUCCACGUGACAACAAGUAUAUAUAUUUUUUGUAAGUUUCUGUUUCGUUUGUAACUGUCUCAGUAAACCCACAUAUUUGUAAACAAU